AUGACCACGAAAAUGAAUAAGAAGCAUAAGGAAGAACUUAAAAAAGUGACUCAAAACUGGGGCAAGGCCAAGUUUAAGCCAUACUCGUGCAAGACAUGGAAAUCUGACUCCAACUUCACUCCAAAUCCAGAGCCUACCGCAAAACCAUGGCAGCAUGUGAAGAACGACAUUAUAGAGGCGUCCGAGGAGAUUAGCAGUGCUAAACGUCUUAAUGUGGAAAGCGCGGAUGCAAAGAAGUUUAUGCAGCAGCGUGAAAAAAAUCACAGAAAAAACGUAAUCGAAGCGAAGCGAGCGGAACCCACCAAAUGGGAGUCCUUUGAUGAUGAGCCCACUCCCAAGAAGAAAAAUAACAUCUAUAAGUCCAAGGAUAAGGGCACCUUCAAGGAUUGCAAUAAAGGAGAGCUACCCACUGACGUUAAAAACUUUACCUUCAAGGAACGUAACUUCUACCGCAGGAAAAUCACUUUGGGAGUGACAUCCAAAAAGGGGUCCCUUUUAAACGCCACAAAAGAUUUGAUCAAAAAUGGUUUCGGAGGGAAAAUUGGAAAAGGGACGUUUCAAAACAAUCAAAAAGGAACUUUUAUAAACACGGAAAAUCCUUUUAAAUAGGAUCCGGGAAAGGUUCACGGAAUAAAUAAAUAGUUUCAUAAGUUCUUACAAUUUGGUUUUCGAUUUUUGUACGAAAUUUUGAGUUAAAAUAAACCAAUUUUUUCAAACAUACCUUAAAAAAAUAUUUCUUGAAAGAAAUAAACAAAUUUCACGGGUGAUAAAUCAGAAAUGUAUACACAAUAUUACUACACACGGUAUGUAAAUCUUAAAACUAGUGGUACAAAUACAUGUGGAAUAGGUCGGAUAAAAUAAAUAAACUAAACAGAA